UCUAAAAUAAGGAGUACGCUGUGGAUUGGUGGUGAAGGAACCAAAUUGAUACAUGAGCAAUUCGCUAAAGUUAAUAUUAAGGAAACCGGUAAAAGUGCACAACAAUAGUACCGGCGAGUACUAUUGGGUUUAGUAGGUACCGGCGAGUACCAAGGGAUCUUCUAUCCGACACAAAUUAAAGGAUCAGGGAUCCUAUUGGGUUUAGUAGGUACCGGCGAGUACUAUUGGGUUUAGUAGGUACCGGCGAGUACCAAGGGAUCUUCUAUCCGACACAAAUUAAAGGAUCAGGGAUCCUAUUGGGUUUGGUGGGUACCGGCGAGUACCAAGGGAUCAAUGAUCUGACACAAAUAAAAGGAUUUUGAAUCCUAGUCUUUGGUUUGGCAACCCCAUCAGUUCCUGACGAGGGCUGAAGUCGCUAGGUGAGUGUCCUGGGGAUUUGAGGACCCCCGAAAACUGGUCUUUGGUUUGGCAACCCCAUCAGACCCUGACGAGGGCUGAAGUCGCUAGGUGAGUGUCCUGGGGAUUUGAGGACCCCCGAAAACUGGUCUUUGGUUUGGCAACCCCAUCAGACCCUGACGAGGGCUGAAGUAGCUAGGUUGGAGUCCUGGGGAUUUGAGGACCCCCGAAUCCCAGGGUUGGAGUCCCUAGGAGUAAAAGCUCCUUAAAUCCUGGGCUGCAGUCUCUGAGCAGCUCGUGUGUGUGUGUGUGUGUGUGUGUGUGGGUGCAAGCAAGCAGGAGAGUGAAAAAAAAAAAAAAAAAGAGGGGAAACUGAGAACAUAGACGGUCUGAGAGGUUAAUAUAAACUUUCGGUGUAAUACAUUGAUGACCGAGAGGUUAACAUAAACUUUCGGUGUAAUACAUUGAUUCUCGGAAGGUUAAGAUAAACUUCCGUUGUAAUACAUUGAUUCUCGGAAGGUUAAGAUAAACUUCCGUUAUAAUGCAUUGAUUUCGAAGGGUUAAAAUAAACCUUGGUUACAAUAAAAGAAUUCUGGAAGUAUAACAUAAGUUCUCAGAACAAACGGGGAAGCUUGCUGGAGCUGCGGAGAACAUUUACUGUGUCACACUGAGGUGACCAGCUGUCCGAGCGGGUUAAAGCGAUAUAACUGGGAACUGUUGUUGGAAUGGAAGAUGAAUAUGAUCGGGAAACUGUUGACGGCGGCUGGGGGCCAGCGCCGGGGUAUCGAUGGAAAAUAAUAAACGACCAGCUGAGGCUGUUGUUGGUGGCGGUGGGUGGAGAAACCACCGGAAAAAAGAAGCAUGAGGCUGUGGAGCGCACGGAACGCGCGGUGAGAAAGUUGUUAGAAAAGAAAGGCGUUAGUUUGGCAGACAGGCUGUCACUGGCGCAGAUUUUGUGGGAGAAGGAGAGAGAUUGUAGAGAAGAAAAGAAGGAGCUUGAGUCGAAACGCGAGAAGGCGAGUGUGUUGAAAAAAGGAAAACUUCGUAAAGAGAUGGAGGAUGUGGAGGACAUGAGGUCCGCAUUGUUUUCGUACUGGAUAAAAAGUAAAGCCGUGGGGAGAAAUAACCAGGAACGGUGUAAUGAGGAAAGACCACCGGCAUACAAUGUUGAAAUAAACGGUGUGAAUUCGGCUUCUGCACCUGCUGGGUUGUAUCCUGUAUUAAAUAUAACGGGGGGAGAGUUGGAAGUUGAAGAAAGUGUACCACUGCGGGGUUGUCGGGGCAACGAGGUAACGGGGGAAAGCCGGCCUUUCGAAGCGCGUCAAAAUCGGGAGGGGUUUAAAGAAUGGACGGACUCACGCACUCCGGGGAGAAGGGACAGCUCAGAAGUGCAGCGGAGAAAUAAGGCGGAUAAGGGAAAGUAUUUAGCCGGGGCAAAUGAGCGGGUGAAAACACAAUUGAGAUACGGGGAAUCACCAGACAUGGGGGAGAGAGGAAAAAAAGGCUCUGCCUCGGCUCAGGAGGAGCAAAACGGGGAAUGCGGGGAUAACAGCGACCCAGAGAUUCACGGGGAACCGGAAAAAAUGUAUCCGUUAUUCAUGUCUUCUCGAGGGGUUAAUAAAUACAAGCCGUGGUCGCUGGGAGACGUGUCCGCUCUAGUCGCGCAAAUGCCUGCACCAUCUGAAGGGGGAGAUAAGUGGCUAAAACAACUCGAUACGCUUACUAACGGACACACGCUGGCGCUCGGCGACUUUAGGGCUGUAGCAGCCAGAUGCAUGACCGCACAUGAUUUAGCGGACGUGGAAAACAGAGCGGGGGUGACCCGACAAGCCGAUGACGACAGAUUUUUGUAUUUCGCGACGGAGAUCGGGGACGCAAUGCGCGAGAAAUGGCCACUUCUAAUGUCGACUAAAAUACCGAAAUUACCAUGGGACGCGAAGAAAACCCCGCGCGCGUAUUUGGACGAAUGUAAAGAGACCUGGGUAAAAAGCACUAGCCAUCAUCCGGGAACGGAGGGCAUACAGAGAGAAUGGUUCAGACAGGCGGUGCUGGAGGGAGUACCAGAGGGGGUAAAAGCUAAAAUGAUCACUAAUCCAGACUUGCCAGGAAGUGAAUCUGCUGUGUGGGAAAGACAUUUACUGCACCAUUUACAGGACGCGACUGAGGAAGCGACAGGGGAAGAGAAGCAGCUAAAAGAAUUACAGGCUCAGCUUCUUAGGCUUCAGCUCACUAAGGUCAAACAGGAAGUGAGCGACAAGAAGCAGAAAGGGAAAGACGAGCGACAGAUGACAGUCCAGGCUGCCCCAGCUGAAGGUGUCCAGAGACCACGGAAGGGAGAAGACCGACCAUCCCCACACAGCUAUCCUUCUUGAGAAACUUCCAGACUACCUCUGGUCCGAAGGCCCGACUGACAUUUUGCGGUCCAGGUGCAAGACAGAACCGGAGGGCAGAACACCCCUGAUCCCCACACAACAGCCUGGGUCCUCCUGAGGGUCAUUAAGAGGAAGUGGUCAGAGCAACGGUGGACAGGACCAUAC